AUGUAUCCGCUCUCACAGAGUUCGGUGUCCUCCAGACAGACCAGUCCUGCCACCAAGGACUACAAUCCUCGGAAGCGCGGGCGAACAGCAUGUACCCGCUGCAAGACACGAAAACAAAAGGUGGAAUGCAUAUGUGACAAUGAAUAUCCAACCUGCUCGAACUGCCAGAAGGCUGGCGUCACGUGCGACAAGUCAAGUGUGAGAGAGGACACAGAUCGCGAAAAUGACUAUACGCGUGCUCUGGAGGAGCGAGUUGCCUUCCUUGAAGGGAAGCUUGGGCAGACCGACUCAUCGGCGAGUCAGAAUGCUGGGGCCAAUCAGGCUUCUUCAAUCUGGUCGCCGCAGGGUGGCCAUGCGACUCCACAUACAACAACCCCCAGUCUAGGUCUGGAUAAUAACCCCGUUGGUGAGAUUGUUGGCCUCCUGGCUUUAAGCUCAUCGGAAGCUCCAGCCUAUGUGGGCUCGAGCUCCGGUCUUUCUUUGGCUGCCAACCUCGGGGAGAUGGUACAGACCAGCGUAUGGAAUCAGUUUAUUUCGAGGACGCAUCAGCCUUCGAUUGGCCAUUCUGGCGCUUCCCAAAAUGCAAUAGGACCUCUGCCAGGCGCAUCAAACCAACUGGCUGGUGGUUGCGCUCGAGUACGGGAUCGACCAAGAGGACUACCUCCUGAUGUGGAACCUCCGACAGAUGAAAUGGGCUCGAAAAUUCUCGAGACAUAUUUCAGAAGGCUCCAUUCAAGAUACCCGUUUCUAGAUCGAAGUCAGCUAUGGAAUUUACACGAAGAGAGAUGGAAGUUGGCCAAAAUCAAGCGGGAAGACCUUUCAAAGUCCGACCGGUUCGCCAUUUUCAAACUAAAUAUUGUCUAUGCGAUUGGUGCCACCAUGCUGCAGCUGAGUGAGAAAUACGCAUAUACUGCGCCAGAGCGAUUCUAUACCACCGCAUUACAAUAUGUGCCUACCAUGUGCGAAGCUCGCUCUAUUGAAAACAUUGAGGCCAUGGUUCUUCUUGUAGUAUAUCACCUUCGCACUGCAUCCAGCCAUGGAAUGUGGUACAUGAUUGGGCUCGCGAUGCGCACCGCAAUUGACCUGGGCCUUCAUCGUAAGGCAAAUGAAAUAAACAUGGACCCCUUCACUGUUCAAAUGAGACGGAGGCUUUUCUGGGUGGUAUAUUAUCUGGAAAGAGUUGUAUCAAUGUCGCUUGGCCGUCCGUUCAGCAUUUCCGACCGCCAUAUUGACCUUGAGCUGCCGUUGGAUGUUGAUGACGAUGUCCAUGACCCUUCAAUACUGAUAGCACCUCAGGAUCCCAGCAAGACUACGAACCUUACCUUUGCAAUUUAUCUUUUCAAACUCCGGCGCAUCGACUCUCGGAUUCAACAUAAAAUUUAUCGUGCUGAUCGACCCUUAUCCUUCCUACGACGCAAGAUGGAUCCGCUGUACCUUGAGCUUGAGCAGUGGAAAGAAUCCGCCCUAUCACGAUUCAGUGGUUCUGACCUCGACUAUCCCAUGCUUCAUUACAACCGUGCAGUUAGACUUUUGAUUCAACCGUUCCUUCCGCUUCUCCCCAUCACUGACCCGUACUAUCACAUCUGUCUCCAAGCUGCCGGAGAAAUCUGCCAGUCUCACAAACGGCUUCAUCAAACACUCGAGUAUGGCCAUUCUUUCCUGGCUGUGCAGACGGUAUUUAUGGCAGGAAUCACAUUACUUUACGCUUUAUGGACUCACACAGAUCAAAUCUGGUCUAUCCGGAUAAGUAAUGAUAUUCGAGCCUGUUCGACAGUACUGUUCGUGAUGGGUGAGCGAGCAGCUUGGGUCAAGAAGUACCGCGACGCGUUCGAGUUGCUCGUCAAUGCAGCCAUGGAAAAACUACAAGGAAACGAAACCGCCAUCAAUGCAGGUAUGGCCGAACUGAUGACCGCUCAGCAUGGAGCCACAACGUUGAAUACUGCUGUGCCUGGCAUGUCGAGUGGUGAGAAGUUCCCACCAACAAACCCGACUGGACUCGCUCCAGACACACGGACAGGGGCGACGCCUCAAACCUAUCCUGUAGAUGAUAGCGACCAUGCGGUCAGAAUGGCUCUGCAACUUGCGCCUUGGAUCGACCAAGCCCAAAGUGAUCCUCUCUGGAUGCCCGACUUCGAGACUCUGGAAAGUCUAUCGGGGACAUUCUGGAGUGAGGCUGAUACUACACUUUUCGAUGCAUUAUAA